UAUGUUUUACACACAUUUGUCAUUGGAGAGGAGAGGGGAGUGAAGAUGAUCGGAAGUUUGCUGACAGUGUGAGUGAGUGGAGGCAAUGGUAAGCCGGUCUGCUGCCUCGCAGUGAGAGCGCCUGUUUCAGGCUGAAUUUUCCAGUUCGGGCGCUUGUGGAUUUUGUUCCCCCCCACCCGCUUCCUGCCCAGGCGCUGGGUGGCCCCGUACCUUGUGGCGAAUGUAACUUCCAUUCUGAACUUCUGCUGGGCGUAGGGCAACUUGCUGAGAGCGGACAGCCCAGGACCAAGAGCGGCUGAACCAAAACGCAGGUCUCUGCGCUGAAAAGCUACAUGGCGUACACACUAACCCCAGAUCCUGCCGCACUUGUCGGCUCAGCCCAGUGCUGCGUCUGUAAAGUGGAGCUCUCUGUAUCUGGUCAGAAUCUCCUAGACAGGGAUGUCACGUCGAAAUCUGAUCCAUUCUGCGUCGUGUUCAUGGAUAACAAUGGAAAAUGGUCAGAGAUUGGCCGAACAGAAACAGCCAUGAACAAUCUAAAUCCAGUAUUUGCCAAGAAGUUUGUGGUAGACUAUCAUUUUGAAGAAGUGCAGAAACUGAAAUUUGCCUUGUUUGACCAAGACAAAUCCAGUAAACAGCUUUACGAGCAUGACUUCCUUGGAGAAUUUUCAUGUACUCUCGGAGUGAUCGUUUCAAGUAAGAAGAUAACAAGGCCGCUUGUUCUGACCAAUGGGAAACCGGCUGGAAAAGGAACAAUAUUGAUAAGUGCCCAAGAAAUCUCCGAUAAUAGAGUAAUCACCCUCAGCAUGGCUGGAAGAAAGCUGGACAAGAAGGAUCUUUUUGGGAAAUCCGAUCCCUAUUUGGAAUUCUAUAAACAAGAGGAAGAUGAAAAAUGGAUGCUGGUACAUCGAACAGAGGUUAUAAAGAAUACUCUUGAUCCUGUCUGGAAGCCUUUUAGUAUGCCAUUAGUGUCCUUGUGUAAUGGAGAUGUAGAAAAAACUAUAAAGAUUCUUUGUUAUGAUUAUGAUAAUGAUGGUGGACAUGAUUUUAUCGGAGAGAGCCAGACAACAGUUUCCAAGAUGUCUGAAGCAAGCAACUCGAUGGAGGUUGAAUUUGAAUGCAUUAAUUCCAAGAAACAAAAGAAGAAGAAAAACUACAAGAACUCUGGAAUAAUUAUUGUCAAAUCCUGCAAGGUAACCAGGGAUUACUCCUUCCUGGAUUAUAUUCUUGGUGGUUGCCAGCUGAUGUUCACUGUCGGGAUUGACUUCACAGCAUCUAAUGGAAGCCCUCGUGAUGCCAGCUCUCUGCAUUACAUUAACUCCAUGGAAUCCAAUGAGUACCUUGCUGCUAUUUGGGCAGUGGGACAAAUCAUCCAAGAUUAUGACUCUGACAAGAUGUUUCCAGCCCUGGGCUUUGGUGCACAGUUACCUCCUGACUGGAAGGUGUCUCAUGAAUUUGCCAUCAACUUCAAUCCUACAAACCCCUUUUGUACAGGUGUAGAAGGCAUUGUGCAAGCUUACACUACCUGUCUACCCCACAUUCGAUUUUAUGGACCUACCAACUUUUCGCCAAUAAUCAAUCACGUGGCACGAUUUGCCAGCCAAGCCAUCCCACAGAAAGUAGCAGCGCAAUACUUUAUCCUCCUGAUCAUAACGGACGGUGUUAUCAGUGACAUGGACGAGACCAGACACGCCAUUGUGCAGGCAGCCAAGCUGCCGAUGUCCAUCAUCAUUGUAGGAGUUGGCAAUGCGGACUUCACUGCCAUGGAGUUCCUGGAUGGAGACAGUCGAGUUCUGCGGUCAUACACUGGGGAAGAAGCCACGCGGGACAUUGUGCAAUUUGUGCCAUUCCGGGAGUUCCGAAACGCUCCUAAAGAAACAUUGGCCAAAUCUGUCCUGGCAGAACUACCCCAGCAAGUUGUUCAAUACUUCAAGCAAAGAAACCUACCGCCCGUCAAUUCUGAUCCAGCCUAACACCAAACCAUCACUCUUUGGACCUGCAUGAUACCAAAUUCCCCACCAUGUCCUCUGAAAACGUUUACAGACUAAAUCUUUGCAUGUUUUGCAGCACAUUUGUAAUGUUUUCAUUGUUACAAAUGGAAAUUUCCAAUACUGAAGUCUUAAUUUGUUUGUAAGGAGAAUCUGGUGCUUUGUACAAGUAUAAGAAUUAACACUAAAAGUGGUCAACAACUUUCCUUGUUACCACUGUUAAAAGUAUUGAAUGUACCUUUGUAAUAUUGGGUGUUAUGUAUCCAAGUUUUUUAAUUAUUUUAACAGUAUGAAAACAACAUUAUUGACGUAAAGGAAAGACAGAACUGAAAGUAAUGAGUCUCAUUUUGUGUCAAUGUUGUCUGUAUGAUUAAAAUAAACUGCUUUUUUGUCAAACUACUAUGUUUGGAUAUUUUACACUAUUUACCUGUAAUACUUACAGUUGCAAUGUUUCAGUAAAUUAAGUUGAAUUUACCAGAA